GCCCGCCGUCAGCCGUCAGUGUGUAUUCGGCUAAGUUACAGGACGGAGGGAGCCUGCAGGAUAGUGUCUGGCAGAGUCUAGUGGCAGCAGUGGAGCAGAAGAGGAGAGCGCUCAGUUACGCCGCAGCAGCAGUAUAAAGUUGCAGUAGCACGGACGACGGCAGCCACCGCCUACUCCACUGCGACUCGGUGCCGGUAGCCAUGGAUACGUCGGGCACUCCAGAACCCGUCGCAGGCACCAAGAAUGACUUCGACGACGAGAAGACGGUCCUCCGCCCCGACUUCCCGCUUGGCGCGGUGCUACUGGACUUGGAGGAGCGGGACCUGCCAAGCAUCGCCGGCCGGGUGGUGGACAAGAUGAUCGCUUGUGACCAGAUCCCGGUCGACCAGCGCGAGGCAGUGAUCCGCGUUCUCCUCCUCCGACACAAACACAUCCGCGAGAACCAGUCUUCCUUCAGGCUCCCCUCCCUCGCCUCCAAGAGCACCCUCGUCAAUUCCGACGAGAAGCUGUCCCGAUCGGCCACGGCGGGCAGCUUGGAUGGCAGCAGCAACCUCCGUUCCUCGGUGCGCAAGGCCGGACUCUCAAAUCUAUUCCACGUCAACACCUUCUCGAGCUUCCUCCGCAACAACUCCGCCGAGGACACCAACGUCGUGUCCAAUGGCGACGUAUCGAAGGAUAAGGUGGCCUUCAAGAGGAGUGUGAGCCACGAGACGUACACACAGAUCGACAUCGACGGAGACUUAGGAACCCAGAGAGAUGGUGUGCGCAAGAAUAAGGAAUUGAUGAAGAAGAUCCCGGAGGGCGCUGAGGCCACGGCCGUGCUGGUCGGUGCCGUGGACUUCCUGAAACACCCGACCAUCGCCUUCGUGCGUCUGGCCGAGGGCGUCAUGAUGGACAACCUGGUGGAGGUUCCCAUUCCAGUCCGCUUCAUGUUCGUGCUGCUGGGUCCCUUCCACGGCGAGAUGGAUUACCACGAGGUUGGUCGCUCAAUCUCCACGCUCAUGUCCGACAAGGGCUUCCACGAGGUUGCCUACCGAGCACACUCACGCGGGCAACUCCUUUCCGCUAUCAACGAGUUCUUGAAUGCCUCCAUCGUCCUGCCUCCGACUGACUGGAACAACAAAGACCUCGUUCCAGUGGAUGAGAUUCAGGAAAAAGCUAGUCAGAUGAUGAAGAAGAAGGAGAGCAUCAGGUCCAAGCGCAUGGCAGAUCAAGCAGUGGCAGCGGCAGCAGGCGAUGGCGACGGAGGGGACAGAAAGCCUCCUCCGAGAGAUCCACUGAUACGCGUUGGGAAGCCUUUCUACGGGCUCAUCCAGGACGUCAAGAUCCGCUACCCCAAGUACCUCUCCGACCUCAAGGAUGGGCUGGACGGCCAAGUGGUUGCGGCGGCGAUCUUCAUCUUCUUCGCCGCGCUCUCGGCUGCCAUCACUUUCGGUGGAAUGUACGGUGACAAAACGCACAACUUCAUUGGGGUGGGUGAAUGUCUCCUCAUGUCUUCCGUCAAUGGCAUGAUUUUCGCCCUGUUCGCCGCCCAGCCUCUGCUCAUUGUAGGGGCGACGGGACCUCUCAUGGUGUUCGAUAUGAGCCUCUACAGUUUCGCCAAAACCUACGAGCUGGAUUUCUUAUCGCUGAGAGUCUGGAUCGGGUUCUGGAUGACUGUGUUUGGCUUGCUAGUGACCGCCUUCGAAGCCGUGGCCAUCGUGAAGAAGAUGACGAGGUUCACCGAGGAAAUCUUCGCCACACUUGUCUGCAUCAUCUUCAUCUACGAGGCCGUUACCAAGAUGAUCGGCAUCUUCAAAAUGCACCCGCUCAUCGCUGAAUACCCGCACAUCGAUGAGAACAACACAGAGAUUUUACACGAGGCAGCGUUGGCAGCAGGCAUACCCCUCAACGCCACCAUGGAGUUCCCUGGUCAUGAGAGCACCCAUCAACAGCCGAUGAGCGGCAUCAUGGGCAACGACACCAUGGGCAGCGACACCAUGGGCAACGACACCAUGCUCGACACCAUGUUCAACACCACCCUCAAUGCCACGCUCAACGGCACCGAUGCCGAGGUACCGCACAUGAAGGAAGAGGUGACGCCGCAGCCCAACACAGCGCUGCUCUCCUUCAUCCUCAUGAUGGGAACCUUCAUCAUCGCCUACAAGCUCAAGCACUUCCGUAACUCAAAGUACCUCGGACGUACGGUGCGUCGUGCCCUUGGUGACUUCGGCGUUCCCAUCUCCAUUGUCCUCAUGGUGCUGGCGGACUACUUGAUUGAAGACACCUACACCGACAAGCUCACCAUGCCCGCGGGAAUCCAGCCCUCCAACCCCGCCAUCCGAGGGUGGAUCAUCAAUCCCUUUGGCGUAACGAAGACCCUCCCAGUGUGGUGCAUGUUCAUGGCAGCUCCGGCCUCCCUGCUCCUCUUCUUCCUCGUCUUCCUGGAGGAGAAUAUCUGCCACCUGAUUUUGAGCAAGCCGGAGAAAAACAUGGUUAAGGGUACUGGCUUCCACUGGGAUCUGGUCCUCGCCUGCUCCAUCAACCUGAUCUCGGGAGUCUUCGGCGCCCCCUUCAUGGGCCCCGCGUGUGUGCGUACCAUCUCGCACACCGCCGCCCUCACCGUCAUGAGCUCCACACAUGCCCCGGGAGAGUCGCCCAAGAUCGUCGGAGUUAAGGAGCAGCGAGUGAGUGGCUUCAUCGUGUCGCUCCUCAUCGGCCUGGCAGUGUUGCUCGCAGCGGUUCUUAACUUGGUGCCCAAAGCAGUGCUGCUUGGUGUAUUCCUGUACAUGGGUAUCUCGGCCACCACGGGCAUCCACCUCCUGGAGAGGACAGUGCUCAUGCUGAUGCCCGUCAAGCACCACCCCAAUGUCCCAUACGUCAAGAAGGUCCGCACUUGGAAGAUGCACAUUUUCACCAGCGUUCAGAUCCUCAUGCUGGUCAUCUUGUGGGUUGUGAAGCAGUCCCCCGCAGCCUUGUGCUUCCCCUUCGUCCUCAUGCUGCUCAUCCCUAUCAGGCUGUACCUCCUCCCAUACGUCUUCACCAACCCAGAGCUCAGCGCGCUCGACGGCACAGAGGCCUCAUCCGCUGUCGCCGAUCCUGAUGAUGAGCCUGACUUCUUUGAGGAGACUCACGGCCUGCCGACACACGUUGACCACCACCACCAGAGCUGAGCAGCCCCCCAGAGACCCCCCCACCACUCUCACAUUCCUCACACUAUUCCAGUUGUUGACCGGAGGCUUCGUAUUUAAUUUUUCUUUCACCAUUCCUCAAACCUCUGUGAACAAGCUUCGGUUAAUGACUCAAGCUGUCUGGGCAGGCCGGCGGCUGUGGCCGAGACGCUUGGUAGUGGUGUGGCUCCGUGCGGGAGUCUGCACAAGUCGCCGCAGCGUGCAGGUCCUCAAAGACAAUGAAGGGAAAACAGCACAGCACACUUGCCUUCACACAAAUGUUUUUUCUCUAUAAGUAUAUUUUUCUGUAAGAGUCUGUGUGGUAGUAUACGAAAGUCAGGCUAUCUAAGAGUAGACUACUGUACGUUAAGGCAAGACUGUCAGGCAUGGGUGAUAGGCAAUAUGACUUUAGCUCCGUCCAAAAGUAUUUACAGAAAUUUUAUUAAUUGAUAGAAAGUUAUAAGAUAGCUGUUAAGUAAUUAAGUAGUUGCUCAAGUUGGCUUAUGAUGAAGACUAGAGUGUAAGCUGACCAGACUGUGUUGCGCUAGGCACAGUGUGAUCACAUCAUGCCUCGGGUUGGAAGCGCCGGACGUGAGGAGCGACCUUCCCAGGGAUCCGUUCGCUACCCUUUUAUCAAGCUGAAGAAGAGUUUCCCUUUUUAGCGGUCAUAGUUUUACCUUGAUGAAUUGUGGCCUUGAGGCAGCCGGCCGCCUCGCCUUCCUGCGGCAGUGAGAAGCGGUGAAAGAUGAACUAGUGUUAAGUGCCAAACUGUUGCGUGCUGUUGUGUGUUGUACAUACAUUACAUUACUGUCACUAAUACUAUUUAAGGUGUGAAACUGACAAACAAAUUGUUGAAGGAAAAUUAUUUUGAUACUCAUCACUAAUUGCCCAUUCCCUGCAUUUAUCUGGCCACGUGUACGACGGCCCCGCGCGGGGCGCCGAACCCUCGUCCGGGGCAGCGCCCCGCGCAGCGCCGGAUGGUAAUGUCAUGUUUUAUGGUUGUAUUAUUUAUAUAUAAUAAAAAAAAUGCAGUUUUA